GGUUGUUUGUGUAAGUAGUUUUUUUAGCGCGUUCCUGAAUAAUUCCUUGAACACCUCGUUUUCAAUGUUAAAACAAAUCUUUAGAAUUGGAUUAAGGUGUUCCUCCUGUUAUCCCCGUCAAUCUCCUCGCCUCGAAUCGUUCUUCGUGCUAGAAUAGUUAUCGUUUAGAAUUCGAACUACUUCUACAAACUUAGGCAAAAUUAAUCCUCGCGUUGGAAUCAUUCUCGCGCGUAAUUAACGCAUAAAAGAAUAUCGACGAAUCAUUCUCGCAACCCAGAGUUUUCCAAGCUGCGGUCCACGGGCUCCUAGACAUUCAAAAAAGAUUCCCCUGGACGUCCGAGAGUUCUCAAAAGAAGAAUCGAAGUAUAUCACGUAACGUAAAUAAAAAAUGUCUUACUUUAUUCUUGUUAACAACAUUCGUUUAACGUCCGUCGAAAUAUUAGACAAGAAACAGACGAAUCGUGAAAUUGUCACGAAGACUGUUUAUGAAAAUAAUCAUCUCUCGUCUCGUUGAAUUGUUUCUCGUCGCCAUUGUUUUGCAUAAUUUUUUUAUCGUUUUCAUAGCGUAUCCUGUCGAACCCUAUCCAAAAGUUCCAUGAAUUCCAAAGGGACCCCAGUGUCACGACCGCUUAUCCAGAGACAUCUGGGGUAACUUUAGCAAGGUCCUAUCUCGACGAGAGGGAUGAUCAGAUCGUAGAGCGGCGCGAAGUGGAAACCGCGGGGCGCGUGGCCUCGCCUGAUGACUUCCGGUAUGCUGGCACAUCCGGCACGCGAACCUGUUGAUCCGUUUCACGAGGGUGCAAGUACCCCGACCGCGGUGCCAGCAGUUAGGUCUGACAAAACGGAUCCCAAAGGCAUGGCCAGCAGCACGGAGGAUUACGGCUCGGAAUUGCAGGAGUUGCAGUGGGGCGGGGGCAGCGGGUCGCACUUCCUGCGCAGCGGGUCUCACUUCCUGAGAAGCGGCACCGGCGGUUGCUACGAAGCCGAGGAUUUAGAGCCCACCAGCAGGCACCAUGGCGGUCAGCACAGGGGAUAUUACAGCCCUCCGGGUACGAGUUACACGAUCGUCGAGAGACCGCCGAGCGCACCUCAUCACCAUUCCUCGCACACCACGCCGUACAGGCACAGAGGGCACACCACCGGGGGCACGGGCGCCAUAUCGCCGGAGCAGGUGCUUAGAUUGUUCGGCAACGGAGUCUCGGAGCGUCGGCAAGGCGACAGGAGGACGCCAGCGUCGUCCCCAGCGAGCGUCUCCGCCGUCAGGACCACGUCGUCCUCGUCCCAGCAGCAACAACAGCAACAACAGUCCCAGCAGUCGCAGCAGAAUCCGGCGAAUCCUCCGACGUCGCCCAGCUCUCAGCCGCUCAGCCUUCAGGAGCUCACCGUAAGGACAAUCACCAUGACGAGAGAUCCCCCGGACUCUCACCAUGGCUUUGGGAUCUGCGUGAAGGGUGGCAAGGACGCAGGUGAGAUCCGAAGUACCUUCAGGCUACCACCGUCGCCGUACUUCGCGCCUCAAGAUCGAGAAGCGCAGUCAGGGGUGGGUGUCUACAUUUCGAGGGUGGAGGAGGGUUCGGUGGCCGAACGCGCUGGACUCAGGCCAGGAGACACCAUCUUGGAGGUGAACGGCACACCCUUCCGUGCGGUGACCCACGAAGAGGCCCUCAAAAUGCUGAAGUCCUGCCGAACGCUCAGCAUGACGGUACGGGGGCCAGCCUUGGACCCGCGCUGCAGAGUGGGUCAUCCGGUGUGGAACACUUCCGGUCGUCAACAAUCCUGCAGUUGGAUGGACCGUCAAGGCCGUCCAGCCUCUCCGCCGCCUGUUUACCCACCUCGCGACUCGAGGUACUGUCCAAGGACGAGGAAGGUCGAGCUCUGCAUCGAACCUGGCCAGUCGCUUGGUUUAAUGAUCAGGGGCGGCCUCGAAUACGGCCUUGGGAUUUACGUCACCGGGGUCGACAAGGACAGCGUGGCCGAUCGAGCUGGACUCUUGGUAGGCGAUCAGAUCAUCGAGGUAAACGGUCAGAACUUCGAGGAAGCAACCCACGACGAGGCGGUGCAGAUACUGAAGACGAACAAGAGGAUGACGCUUCUGAUCCGCGACGUGGGAAAAGUGCCGCACUCGUGCACCACCAGCCAGCCUAUCGUCAUGCCAACGUCUAGGUACCCAGAUCACGAUCCCAUGCUCCUGGAGAGCCCUGGAAACCAUCGACCACCGAGUCCUUCUAUCGCCAGCGAUUGGAGACACAGAGGCGGCGUGCACACAGUGUCUGCUGCGACGGCCGCAAUGGUGGAGGAAAAGGCGAGGGUGGUCCUCGCGAGGAGCGAGAGGGCUGCGCUUUCUCAGCUCCUGGCCGAUUACAGGACCCGUCGAUUGACAAUCGAGGAGCUGGUGGUCAGUUUGGGCGACUUGUUGAACACCCACGAGAAACUGACCCUGCUCACCGAGCUCAGGGAGCUCGUCGACAGCAAGGACAGGGCCGCCUUCGACGAUCUCGUUUACAGCAGGCCUCGAGUAGCCAUCGCAAGGAGAAAAGGCGACCGCGCCCAUUCGGAUCUGAUAGUGACACCCUCCCUCCACGAUCUUCCGAGGGGUGUACCCGGUGGUUGUUGCCGUCCGGGACGACUGGUGGACGUCGAGGGAGAUCCCCUAGGAGUGACGGGACCUCUCCUGCCGCGGGAUAACCAGGAAUAUAGAUCGCCGAGCGAGGACAGCGGUCUCGGGGCCGACAUGCCCAGGACCAGAGCGGGCUGCAGGAGGGCACAGCAGCAUCAGGUGACGACCUCCGACCUCGCCCUCUCCAACGACGACGAGUGCGACAACCAGGACUACGAGGACGACCUGGAGAACGGCCGAGGCCGCAGACACAGCUCUCCCGGCGGCUCGCGCGGCAACCCUAGGGACUACGGCCAUCACCAUCUUCAUCCUGACAAUCUGGAGAGCGACGGUGGUUGCGAUGGUAGCGACGCCGAGAUGAUCGGUAACGGGAGACGCGGAGGCGGAACGGAAAGGAAUCGCGAUGUGGAGGAGGAUGAGGACGAAGGAAGGGAGGAAAGGAGCUCGGAGGGUGGAGGUGGUGGAGGUUUCGGUGGUUGGAGGUCCCAUUUGCUCGGUGGGCUGACGCAACGUGUCAAAUCCUGGUACUGGGGCGCCAGGCCCCUCGAACUCGCGCACAAGCUCUCGCGGAGCUUCGACAUGCAGGAGGCGCAGCUCCUCGAAGAGGGUGGCUCCGGUGGCGGGUCCACCGGGGCCGGAGGUGCUGGAGGACCUCCGAGGAGACACCACAGCGCUCAAAGGCUGGCCAGGAGCGAAAUGUCCGAGAGAAGGGAGGAGGACGGCGCCCUGGUGGUACCUGAUCACCAGGGGAACCUGAGGAUCACCGUCAAGAAGACCAAGUCGAUUUUGGGCAUUGCCAUCGAGGGCGGUGCCAACACCAAACAUCCACUGCCCAGGAUCAUCAAUAUACACGAUAAUGGAGCAGCUUACGAGGCUGGCGGUCUUGAAGUCGGUCAAUUGAUUCUAGAAGUCGACGGUCACAAAGUCGAAGGUCUCCAUCAUCAGGAAGUAGCAAGACUGAUCGCGGAGUCGUUCGCGAGGCGCGACCGAAACGAGAUCGAGUUCCUGGUGGUCGAGGCGAAGAAGAGCAACCUGGAGCCGAAGCCCACGGCUCUGAUAUUCCUGGAGGCGUAGCAGGAAUCUCCCACCUCCGAGCCGGAACCACCGUAGCCCGACGUGACCAGAGCUCGGCCGGUGACACGCUCGGAGCGUCGUCAACGCUGAAGCCGCCGAAGAAGCUGACGAGAGCGCGGGAGAAAACAAGCCGACCGGCACGUGACCGAACGUACAAGCUCGCCGAGCGAUGCAAAACAUUGCAAGAACAAAGACAAGAACGAGAGCGACCCGCAAAGGCGACCACGACCACCUCGCUCUUCAACUUCUCCGUGCGCUCUCGACGGUCGAGCUCUCGGUCAGGCGCUAAUCGAACCUGGCUCUGGUGGUGGGAAACUGUUCACGAGGAAACAGAAAAUAAACAAGAUGCAGAAGGGUGGGACUACGUUAGCGGCGAGAGGGGCUCGAUUAGCGAGUCAAUGGGAUAAUAAUUGCACGGUCGUCGACGCCGAUGUUGCUGUCCUCGUUGCCGACGUGCCUCUAGGCUAACGGAACCGGUACCGACGCUUCCAGGCUCGGCCGAUUCGAGGCCUCGAUACGCGACAACCGGGAGACGGAACAGCGCAGAGCAAUCCCAAGGGCGCAACGAGGACGGCAAGAUGUCAUCUUCAAGAUGAGACUAUCCGUGAAAGACGAACCGAAGUGCUGCGUCGAACGACACAUUCGGUCGAAACUUUCGACUCGAAAGAACGUUGACGAGAUACACUUUAAGUGCGAUGAAAACGAAGGAGGAAGUUGACUGUGCCAAACUAUUAGGGAUUGUUUCGUGUAUAGUAGUUACGAUACUAUUAGUCGUAAGGGAUCCAAAGAGGACUACGUCCGAACGGGAGACGCGAGGCCAGGUAAAGGUUCCUGGAUCCUGGAUGACGAUGAUGUCGCGUUCGUCCCACGGACACUCCAUGAGAAUCACGGACACAAUCACCAACCGUUUGCGCGCGUUUCGACGUGCUCCGACCCCGGGCACGUCGCCGAUACGCGGCACCCGGAGAUUCACUGUUGACUAUUGCGUUAUCGAAGGUACUGGACGUUCGCGUCGAUCGGGAUUUUUGUUGGCGGAACCUCUCGGCAAGAGGUCUCUGCCGUUAGACGACGCUGGGUGUCGAGACGAGAUCGUUCAGGUACGAAGGAGACUCUUCGGGUCAUUCAGCGACUCGGUAGAAAAUUUUGUUCGAGCGGACUCUUUCUGCCGAGGUUUACACUUUCAUUUAUUCGGGAUUGCUAGUCUUAAGGGGUUACACCACUCUAGAGGUUGAAGAGAAGGUCUAACUUUGAUAAUUAAUUUUGAGAGUAUCGCAAAAGGUAUAGGAUUUCUUUUUGCAGGUUUUUUUUUUGCCACAUAUUGGAGCAUAAACAAAAAUUGUUGUAUUAUUAUUUUAGUACGAAAUGGCGGCCACAAAGCGAGUCUCCAAAAUUGACUUUUUUUUAAACGCCUUCACUGGAGGACGGUUUGCUGUUUCGGAACCACUUAAUUCUUUGAAGUUAGGCGCGUUAAAAACUAUCGUCCCACCUUUUGCUUGUUAGCUUAGUGGCGAAACUGUGAACUAACGCUAAAAGUACAAUAAGUGGAAUCAGAAAUGUAUACAAGUCAAAAACGUUGUUGAGUUGUUGACACUGUUGUCGGCAGCUUGAAUUUUAUUUUUAUUUUAUAAUCGUGUUCCUCGAAGAGUUAACGGUGUCUCGAGAAUUCUUUAAAAUAUACUCGACGUUGAAUACAGUUUCAAGUUGAAACUAUUUCAACCCCAGGAGGAACGGUGGCCGACGAAAGUUCCGAUCGGCUCGUUCCCGCGACUAAUACAGACUUAUUAUGGGAAUUGUUGAGGCUUAACAAAGUAUAUUAUAUAUACAUAUAUAUUAUAUGAUAAUAUUAUCGACUAUCGUAGUGGAAUUGCAACUCGUACCUACCCGGAGGUGCUCGAGCGCGCGCAAAUUAAUCCACUCGCUUGACAAUGUGUGCGCGCAAGAGCGUCGCGAGAAGAGUAAAAAGAUAAAAAAAAAUAAAGAAGUAAACUUAUAAAAUAUGCGAUAUUUUCAAACAGUUAAUAAAGCAUAGAGACAUCGCGUACUUGGCAACGGGCUUGACGUCGCUUCGAGUUCGAGCUGUCGAGACGAAAUAUCGAUUCGAAAGGUCGACGAGGAAAACGAGCAACGAUUCAGCGAAGAGGCAUCAGCGAUUCGAAAAUUCACGUCAACUCGUAUCACGAUUUUAUUUCGAUUUCCAGUCGCUUUGGUAAACUUUUGGUAAACGGUACGAUCGCGGAUCGACUUUGUAAUUCGUUACGACGGAAUUCGAAAGCGAACGAUAUUAUCCUGGACUUUUAUUUGGCCCAGUUUGGUCGACAACGCGUUAAGAUAAUGAAAAGUCAGUUAAUCGAAUCAGCUGAACCAUUCCGGAGGAACUAUUUCGUACGAAACAACGUGUUAUUUUGUUAAGACUCCUGCAAAAUUAUAUUUGUUAUAUAUUGUCUACGAAGAAUCUAGAGAUCGAUUUAUUACGAAUAAUGAUUUGUCGAAAUCGAAAGGUAAUAUUGUCGAAAAAAAUCUGAUAUUCGAAAUAUUGUCGGUUUCGUUGUUAUCAAAGGAAACCGAGAACGUUUCCUCGUCGUUUCGCUCUUGUCGCGAUCGAAUCGAACGCAUCCCGCACGAGGAAGAAUAAUCACCGAAGAAAAACGGAAGCUUCCGGCGCGCCGUCGCGGAGAAGACAUAUUCGAAACUGUGUGAUUAGGCGUUUGCACGAUGCGUUGUGGUAAAUGUGCCAAAAACAGACGACGAAAGCAGAACAAACUAAUGGCCAGCGAUUCGAAGAAUCGUCUCGGAGGAAGACUGUCUCGCCAGACAAGAGACAAAACGAAAGAAGAGGAAGAAGAAGACGCGAAUAGAGACGAGAAAAAUUAUCUCGUUGCGCCAGCGUUGUUUUCAUCGAUGUUAUUUCGUAGCGUUGCUGUCGUAAACAGGUCGCAACCCGACACGUCGUGGAACUUCCGAAAAAGGAAAAUCGAACGGAUAUAAAUCGAUAUAAAUCGAUAGUAACUAGCUGCUUCUCGGCUGAAAAACAAAAUUAAUAUACCUCGUGCUAGUAUCUCUUCCUUUUUUUUUUUUUUUGUCCAAAAGCUACGUUUUCUAAAAAGCAUCCACGUUCGUUCGCCGGUCCCAGCAAGAAGAUUAGAGGAACAAACGGUGGAAAGACGACGAAGUAGAGACUGGGACGCGAACAGAGAAACGGAGAAGAUAUUUUUGUAAAAGCCUUCGAUGUACCGCGAUCACAGGAACGAUUCGAAGAUCUCAGCUGACAUAUCCGACAAUGCCUUACCGCUUCGAACGGGAGAACACUUUUUGGGAAAGCGUCGCGAGUUAUCGAGCCUGCCGGAGAGAAGUGUUCGACCGAACUUCCGAUUGGUCAACGCACCUGGAAACGGUACGAUGCGAGAACUGACCAGACGUGACCCCGAGAAAUUUCAAAUUUCAAAUUUGUCGUUUUUGGUGACUAUUUUCAAUUGGUGUGUCGAAUGGACGAAACGAUCUUGAUUGAAUGUUAGGAAACGAGGAAAGAAAGUUUGUAAUAGUCGAUGGAAUUUAAUAUUUCAGGAAUCGAUUCGUUCUUGGUUAAUAAACAGGUUGGUUAAUAAAUAGGACACGUGGAAGAUCUUGCUUUGUAAAAGAACACUCUGUGUUUCAUUUGACCAUGGAAGGUCUGUAAUAUUCGCUGGAAUU